GAUGGGGGGCGGUGCUAGGGGGGUCGGAGAGGGUGGCCCCGCACGGCAGCGCGCAGCCCCGCCAGCAACCCGCCCGCCCGGGCAUGGCAGCGGUCCCGCCGCGCCGCUCCCCGCGCUGAGCCCCGCCGAGCCCCCGGUGCCGGUGCCGGUACCGGUGCCAUGCCCCCCCAAGAGCUCCUGGAUUACUCGCCUGCCCUGCGGAGACACAGCCCCCCCCGGGGCAGCGGCCCGGAGCUGGGCAUCAAGUGCGUGCUGGUGGGCGAUGGAGCCGUGGGCAAGACCAGCCUGGUCGUCAGCUACACCACCAACGGCUACCCCGACGAGUACCAGCCCACCGCCCUCGACACCUUCUCCGUGCAGGUCCUGGUGGAUGGAGCCCCAGUCCGGAUCCAGCUGUGGGACACUGCUGGACAGGAGGACUUUGACUGUUUGCGCUCGCUUUGUUACCCUGACACCGACGUCUUCCUUGUCUGCUUCAGUGUGGUAAACCCAAGCUCCUUCCAAAACAUUACUGAGAAAUGGAUCCCUGAGAUACGAACUCACAACCCCCGGGCACCGGUGCUGCUGGUGGGGACGCAGGCAGACUUGCGGGAUGACGUCAAUGUCCUCAUCAGCCUGGAUCGCUACCACGUGAAGCCCGUGCCCCGGCCUCAGGCAGAAGGUCUAGCUGACAAAAUCCGGGCUGAAGCCUACCUGGAAUGCUCAGCACUGACCCAGAAGAACCUCAAGGAAGUUUUCGACAUGGCCAUUGUGAGUGGUGUCGAGCACAAAGCACGGCAGGAAAAGAAGAUGACUGCCAAAGGCAUCAAAACUCUCUCCAAGUGCCGCUGGAAGAAGUUCUUCUGCUUUGUCUGA